CUACUCUGGGAAGCCUUCUGCCAGAGGUGCUGGAACAUUUUCAGGGUAGUGCCAAAGAUUAUGGCCUCACCAAGUUGCUGAUCUAGGGUCACCACUGAAAGCUCUAUGGCCCAUCAGUCUCAUUCUUGGCUUCUGGACAGAUACAUCCACUGAGAUCUGUCUAAUGGGUAACCCGGAAUAUGUUCCUGGGUCAGGACAGGAUGAUACACCACUUUACCCAAAACCUGAAGACUUGGAUUCCACCCAGUGCUUUAAUCACUAAAAGUUGUGAUGUUUUGCUGUGGGGAAAGCAAAACCUCAAGACGGUCCAGUUCAUCUGCAGGCAAAUUCCUUCCCGCCUAGCAACCAUAGCAAGGAAGGCAUAAGGAAUCAAAAUCAGUUAGACGGAAUACAACCUAAGGAAUAAAGCAAGGUUAAAGCAGCAACCUGAAAAGUGAAAUAUGGUUAAACAUUAUAGGACAUUGACCUACAUAUGUAAAAAACAAUUAAAUAUAAGGGAGGAAGGGUAAGAUUGCUCUUUGGCCGACAAUGCUGCAGAAGGCAAGUGCAGAGAGCUCUUUUAAGGUGUUGCUGCCUGGUGCAGGCAUGGCAGAAGCCAAUGUUUGGCUAGCACGCAAGGCACUGCCCAACUGGUGGGGCCUCUGAUUGGCCCCUUUGAAGCUGGGGUUAAGAAGAGAAGUUCCACCCUGAGAACAUGCUGGCUGGGGGAAUUCCCAAAACAGUUGACAAACAUGCAUGAGUUGACAGCCAGGAUGGCAGCAGAGAGCAAGGGGCUGCAACUGCUGCCCACCUGAAAAGAGUGAGCACCCAUUUCUUCCUGUGUCCCUUUCACCCAGCCAUCUCUGCAACGUCUUUCCCUUUCCACCAUGUGCUUCCCCAUUCUCCAUUCUAUUCCUUCUCUGAUUCUCCAAGCUCCACCUACAUUCUAAAGGUAACUGCAAUGACUGUUGCUAUGGACAGAACCAUCCCUUUCUUUGAUGGUCUCAUAAACAACCACCUUCUCAUCUUUCUGGUCUGCUCUCAACUGUGGGAAGCUUUUGGGGCUGGGAUAAGAAGCCAAAGCAGGAUGCUCUGGAGGUUGCUUUCCCAGUCAGAGAAAAUGACUAACCACCACACAUGGCAACUGGUGCUGAUCUUGUUGAAUGUUUUGUGUGAGACUGCAGGUCAGAAACCACCACAAGGCUUUAUGUAUGCCUCUUACGAGGUGACCAUCCCAAGAAAACUAGUCCCUAGGUAUGGACAAGAACAUCAUGAUGUCACCUACCUACUGCAGAUUGAGGGGAAAGGCCAUGUAGUGCAUCUCAAGCAGAACAGGGGCUUUGUCCCUAAACACCUCCCUGUCUUCACUUACAGUGAGGAGGGAGACCUCCAGGUGGACUAUCCUUUCAUCAGAGAUGACUGCUUCUACCGUGGCUUUGUACAAGGCAAGCCUUCCUCAUGGGUCACCCUCAGCACUUGUUCAGGAGGCCUCAGGGGUCUGCUGCAUUUAGAAAAUGACACCUAUGAAAUUCAGCCUGUGCAGAGAUCUACUUCUCAACAUGUGAUGUAUAGGUUGGAAGAAAUAGAGGGUGCUGCACGUAUGACAUGUGGGUUAACAGAAGAAGAGCAAAGGCAUCAAGAGACCAUGAUCCAAAAAACAGAGAAUGCAGUGGCUAGGGGUGCUCCAGAAGGAGGUUGGUGGACACACACCCGUUACGCAGAGGUUGCAAUUGUUGUGGAUUAUGAAAGAUAUGUGAGAAUUGAUAGAAAUGAAACUGUUGCUGCUAUGCGAGUUCUAGAUGUCAUUCAUGUUGCUAAUUCAUUAUAUGAGCCACUUGGUGUCGUUGUGACUCUUGUUGGAUUGGAGAUUUGGUCAGAAAAGAACCUCAUUGUGAUUGAUAACAACAUUUACACCCUGCUUUCCAAUUUCAAUGACUGGAGAACAAACACCCUAAAUAAACAUCUAGAGAAUGAUGCUGCUCAUUUAUUUGUAUAUAAGGGCUUUGGACGUACGCGAGGAUUAUCAUAUUUAGGAACAAUCUGUUGGACUGAUCGGGCAUGUGGUGUUGAAUCAUAUGUUGGUUAUAGUUUGUCUGAUUUUUCUAAUACAUUUACUCAUGAAUUAGGACAUAAUCUUGGCAUGCAACAUGAUUCAAAAUACUGUACUUGUGGACGACAUGCCUGCAUUAUGGCUGCAGCUCAGGCAAACACUGAUAAGUUUAGCAACUGCAGUUAUCAGAAUUAUUUUGAGCUAAGGAACACUCCAUGUUUGUUAAUCCCACCAGAGCCUGAUAAAAUGUAUAAACUCAAACACUGUGGUAACAAAGUAGUGGAAGAUGGAGAGCAAUGUGACUGUGGUUCACCAGAUCAAUGCAAGUUGGAUCCAUGUUGCCAGUCUAACUGCAUGCUGCGCCCAGGUGCCACUUGUGCUUUCGGACGGUGUUGUGCUGAGUGUCAGUAUCUUCCAGCUCAUUAUGUCUGCAGACAAGAGGUUAGCAGCUGUGAUCUUCCUGAGUACUGCAAUGGGACUUCAGAGUGGUGUCCUGAAGAUGUUUAUCUACAAGAUGGCACCCCGUGUAGUGAUGGUGUAUACUGCUAUCAUGGAAAUUGCACAACUCACAGUGAGCAGUGCAAAAUGAUCUUUGGCAAGAAAGCAACAGCUGCUUCAAAGGCUUGCUUCAAUGAACUGAAUGGUCGAGGGGAUCGCUUUGGCAACUGCGGCCUUAGACAUGGAAUUUAUAAGAAAUGUAAUGCUACGAAUCUCCUGUGUGGUCGAAUCCAAUGUGAUAAUAUUGACGAAUUACCUUCUUUAGAGGAGCAUAACACUAUAAUUCAAACACAAUCUGGAGAUAGACAAUGCUGGGGUACUGACUACCACAGUGGGAUACAAAUACUUGAUAUUGGAGCAGUGAGAGAUGGGACUCCUUGUGGCACUGAUAUGAUUUGCAUUAAUAGGCAGUGCAAGAGUGUAUCCCUCUUGAACUAUGAUUGUCAUUUCAAAAAGUGCCACUAUAGGGGUAUAUGCAACACUUACAAACAUUGUCAUUGUGAUUAUGGCUGGGCUCCUCCAGAUUGUCUCAGUGAAGGCUAUGGUGGCAGCAUUGAUAGUGGACCCCCUCCACCACAGAAUAUUUUUAGCCCUAAUUCCAGCACAGCAGCAAUUAUAGGAGUAAUUAUAUUUGUUUUUUGUGUUCUUGUUGUUCUGGGUAUUUAUUUCAGGAAGCACUUGAGAGAAAUGUUUGUCAGAUUGAGAGAAAGAAAGCAUGAGCAAGAUAUUAAAAAAGAAGAAAGUCCAGACUAAAUCACAGAAUUGAACAAUGCAUUGAAUGUGCCAAACAGAUGUGCAUGAAAUAAUGGACCAUAUCAUGCAGAAUGUGGCACCAUAGUUAAUACACUUAUUGGCAAUGAGAACUGCUGGGGAACAGACUACCACAGUGGAAGGGUACACCUGAUAUCGGAGCAGUGAGAGAUGGGACUCCUUGUGGCAAGAACAUGAUGUGUAUUAAUGUCGAGUACAAGAGGGUGGUCCCUCUUGAAAUAUGAUUGUAAUGUCACGAAGUGCCAUUAUAGGGGAAUAUGCAACAACUACCAAUAUUGUCAUUGUGUUUCUGGCUGGGCCCCUCCUGACUGUCUAAACCUGAUAUUGGAGCAGUGAGAUAUAGGACUCCUUGUGGCAAGAGCAUGAUGUAUAUUAAGGGGAAUGCUAGAAUGUGCCAUUCAUGUGUAGAUGAAGGCUAUUGUGGGAGCAUUGACAGUGGCCCUCCUCCACCAAACCAGGACACUGUCAUUGCAGGAACUGCUGAAGGAAUUGAAUUUGUUAUUAGCGCUAUAGCUGGUGUGUGCCUAGUGAUGUGAGGUGAGAAUAUUAUUGAGAAUGAGAAUAUUCUUGAGAAUAUUCUCUGCUAGAAAAUUAUCCAGAGAAUAUUCUCCACAAACUGUAAAUUCAAAUGUAAGAACCAGUUUUACAACCCACAUUAAAAAAAUCUAGUAAAUAAUAAGUCAAGCUGUGAUAUUGCCAGUGUAAGUAAUGAAAAAUGAGUUACAUUACUGGGCAUUGUGUCACUCAUCAUUGGCAGUUCUGAAAUGUGAGCUACAGAAUUUUUUAUUUUUUUUUUAGUUUUAAAAAUGCUAUUCAUUUAAUUUCAUGAACAUUUGAAUUCGUAUGUAUUUCAACUACAGUGGUACCUCAGGUUACAUAUGCUUCAGGUUACAGACUCCGCUAACCCAGAAAUAGUGCUUCAGGUUAAGAACUUUGCUUCAGGAUGAGAACAGAAAUUG